CCAAAUUUUCACUUCUAAAAUUGCCACAGCCGCGAAUCAGCUCAAUUUUAGUGAUGGUCUGCGUGCAAGUGAGGUGCCGUCGUGAUCACAACUGAUCUAAUCACUCCAAAUAAAAGCACAGGGCCACUACUAUGAGUGCCAAAGUAAACAUGGAGUGUCCGCCCAAAGAGCCCGACUGUACCCCCGUGGCCCCGCCAGCCUUGCCCGCACCUUCGCCAGGCGAUCCCAUCCUUCUCUGCGGGGUGGAUAGCGUGGCCAAGAAGCCUCGGCCUCAGACGCACACCACCACUGCUUUGCUCCUACCAGCUCCGGGCCAUCAAAAAGUGGAACUGGCACCAACCAUGGCAGUGGCAGACCCGAGUAAAGCAGUCAUGGCAACUGAGACAGUCAAGCCCGCUUUGACAGCACAAGUGGCAGGAGCUUGUAGCAUCGUCCACGUCCUGGAGUGGAAGGAAGGGAUGGCCAUCCUUCCUGGGAGUAACCUCAAGUUCUGUGUCAGUGAUGUAGGAGCCUUAAGUACACUGAUCACACCAGGGACCCCCAGCACCACCAAUGAACCUGCAGCAGGGACUUCUGGUAGACUGAUCAACGCAGAGGGCUCCCCACUGGACAAGCCAGAUAUGUCGCCUCCUGUGGUCACAGUGAGCAGUGCAGGUGUGGAGCCAGAGAGUUUACUUCAGGUGAAACCGGAGGUCCAAAUGGGACUGGGCCAGCAGAACCAUGAUCCCAAAGCUCAGAAGAUUUACAAAGAAGAACUACGCAGAGAGCCUAUGGUAGAUAAGAGGAGUGUUGGAGUGGAGAAGGUCCCCGCUGGUGCGAGAGUCUCCUCUUUAAAUGUUGAUCAUCUGAAGCCCAUGAGGAAGAGGAAGAGAAAGGAAUGUCUGGGGCCCUCUGAUGAAGACUCUGACAUGGAGGGCAUGGAGGACAAAAUGGAAGAUCUAAAAGCAGAUGGCAGAUACAUCAGAGGGGGAGACAUGAAGACGGAACCCUGGACGUGGACCCAGUAUUUAGAGGAAACCAAAACUAUCGCUGCACCCGACAAGCUUUUCCAAGAGACUCAGAGAGCGCCUGCAGUAAAGAACGGCUUCAAACAGGGGAUGAAGCUGGAGGGCAUCGACCCACAGCACCCGUCUAUGUAUUUUGUCCUUACUGUGGCCGAGGUGUGUGGCUACCGACUCCGCCUCCAUUUUGACGGCUACUCGGACUGCCACGACUUUUGGGUGAAUGCCAACUCGCCGGAUGUGCACCCUGCAGGCUGGUGCGAGAGCACAGGACACAAACUGCACACACCUAAAGGUUGUAAAGAAGAAGAGUUUACAUGGACCAACUACCUAAGAAUGACAAAAGCACAAGUGGCCCCCAAAGAGCUGUUUGCCAGUCCUGGAAGGAUUAACACCAAGUGUGACUUCGAAAUAGGGAUGAAACUUGAGGCAGUUGAUCGCAUGAACCCCUCCCUCAUCUGCGUAGCAACCAUCACCGAUGUGGUGGACGACCGCUUCCUGGUGCACUUUGACAAUUGGGACGACACAUACGACUACUGGUGUGAUGCCACCAGUCCAUACAUUCAUCCUAUUGGUUGGUGCCAGGAGAGAAAUCUGCCCUUAACACCACCCCAAGAUUAUCCCGACCAGGGAGCGUUUUCCUGGUCCCACUACUUACGUGAGACUUGUUCAAAGGCAGUUGCAGCUGACUCAUUUAAAAUGCGCCCGGCCCACAACUUCCAGCCUCAGAUGAAACUGGAGGCUGUGGACAAGAGAAGUCCUGGUCUCAUCAGAGUGGCAACGGUGGAGGAAAUCGAGACUCACCGUAUCAAGAUCCACUAUGAUGGAUGGAGUCACAUCUAUGACGAGUGGAUGGACUCUGAUCACCCUGACAUCCACCCAGCAGGCUGGUGCGAGGCCACAGGUCACCCGCUUAAACCCCCACCACAGGACGCCAGAACACAGCAGAUACACGGUCCAAGGGAGCCUCCCGCUCUGGCCCAGUCCACUUUCCCUCCUUCUGUUCCCUGUAAGCCCAUCAGCCACACCAGAACCAACAAGUACAACUUUCACAACAGGAAGUGUCCAACUCCAGGUUGUGACGGUUCAGGUCACGUGACCGGUCGCUUCACAGCGCAUCACUGUGUUUCGGGUUGCCCGUUAGCUGAGCGCAACCAAGGCAGGCUUAAGGUGGAUCUGUCAGACUCUGAGAGUAAGAGGAGUCUCUUUUUUGGUCAGAGAACCAAGAAGACACAUUAUCGUGGCAGGAUUGGACGUCCACCCAAAUAUAGGAAGAACCAGCAGAGAGACUAUCAGAACAUUUCAUCCGAGUGUGUCUAUCCAUCAUUGUUUGUGUCGGCUCUGAGCGGUCAGUCAGACCGCACUCUGUCCCUGUGCUGGGAGCAACACUGUAAACUUCUACCUGGCGUCCUGGGCAUUCCUGCCAGUCAGGUGGCGGCUUGGACUGUGGAGGAGGUCUUCAACUUUGUGCACAAUUUAAUUGGAUGUGAGGAUCAGGCCCGUCUCUUUAAAGAAGAGAUGAUUGACGGCGAGGCCUUCUUACUACUGACUCAGGCCGACAUUGUGAAGAUCAUGAGCAUCAAACUCGGCCCCGCCCUCAAGAUUUCCAAUGCCAUCCUUAUGUUCAAGAGCACGGACGAGGCUCUCAAAUGACUCAGUUUGGGGUUAGGAUGGGGAUUAUAGUGCAGUCAUCACGUGCCAAAAUCAUUGUGCAAGGCAAAGACCCCUUGCCUGAGCCCUUUUUGUGUGUUUUGUGUCCUGUGACCAUCAGGUGUACAAGUAGACUCAAAGGACAUUUUAGGAUGAAAGUGUCAGACACAAUAUGGAUACCAGGGUGAGUGAGGGAGCAUCAUAACGUUUUGGCUGAGGAAGAAUUGCAUCAUUCUUCUUAACUUUCCCCAAAAAACGAGUUCAUGUUCUGAUCGGUCGUAUUGGUGAGUUAAUGGCUGGCAAUGACUCAAAGAAGUGACAAAAUACUGUAACAAAUUGCAUUAGCGAAUGAAAUAUCAAAAUAGUGACCUUGCUCCAACACAUACAGUAAUACAAGCGGGAACAAAUAGAAGUACAUAAAUAGCAACAUUUUUGUGCCGUGUACUGAAAAAAAAAAAAAUCAAGGACAAUUGCAUAUCAUUGAGUAAACCAGGACAACAAACAUUGCCUUGAGGGUAAAGUUCUGCAAUAAAAAUGUCCUCAAAAUAAUGUAUUUCUUUAUCACUUUAAGUACAUGAGGAGAGGACCCUGUGCAUAUUGAAUAAAUAAUUUCAGUGUCAUUUCCAGCUGAAAGAUUCCCAUUCGUCAAAAAACACCUCUUCAGCUAAAAAUUUGGCCGUUGUGGGAAUUUCAUUGAAAAAAACCUCUUUUUCCAAUUUUUUUAUUGCAACAUGAAAUCCACAGAUCAGCUGGAGAGAACUUGGAUUUCUAAAUCGCACAACUAUUUACUUAAUUCAGCCCCAUUCACAAAAGCACAAUCGGUGUUGUCAUCUUAGCAGUUUGGUUGACAUAUUUUUAUGACUGCUGUAGCAACUAUUUUUCCAAAAAGCAAACCCCGUACCCCAUUUUGCGAACCAGUGACUUAUGUGUUGUUAACAUUUCUGCUGAUUACUGUUACAGCCUAAAUGAGCUAUUGGUAAAGGGAAUAUUGAUGCGACCCAAAUUAAAAACAACAAUGUCACAACAUGGGAAGUAAAUAUGAUUUGUUAGAAUUGAAAUGAAAAUAACAUGGAGAAGUUUCAAUGUAGUGUAAAAAUGAAGCGUGUGGUCCGUGAGUAAAAGACAAUGCAGUAAACUAGGCUGGCCGUUGAAGCUCUAUGAAGCUUCUUUUCUGUGCAAUAAUAAUAAUUUUAAAAAAUAUAUGUAUUAUAAUUGUAUUAUAAUUGAAAAAAAAAUCAGUCUCUGAGCUCUGAAAGUUUGUGACUGAUGUAUUUUUCAGGAUUUCUUUACUAUUUGCCUUCUUUUCUGUGUUUUGUGCCUCAAAUGUGUUGCACUUUGAGUUACCACAAAAAAAACUGUAUAGGAGCUCAGUAAUAAUUCUGAAUCUAAAUGUUAUAACUUUAACUGCAUUGUUUUUAUGCAACAAAUUUUAUUUGUGGAUGCAUUGCCAUUGGAGCACAACUGUGAACCCCAAAUGGGAUAUAAGAGUGUUUUAAAUAACUAUGAACAAGUUUACAUUUGUGUGUUCUUUGACAGGUUUACACUUGUGUCAUUGUCAUGAUAGGAUUUUGUGUGUUAUUUCACUGGAAUGUCUUAAGGGCUCUUGGCUUUGUCUUUCUCUCUGGUAUGUGUGCGUGUGCUAAAAUGAUGUUGAAUAACAAAUGUCAUUCAAAUAAAUGUCCAAACUUGA